CCUGCCUGCUCAGCAAUGGCAUCUACCUGGUGGCCCUGCCUUGUCCUGGCUCUGCUCUUCAGCGAGGCAGCCUCUGGCUUCUCAAGAAGUCCCCUCCGGCUGCUGGGGAAACGGAGCCUCCCAGGAGGGGCUGCAGAUGGCAUCGAGGUCUACAGCACCAAGAUCAGCUGCAAGGUGACCUCCCGCUUUGCUCACAAUGUCGUCACCACGAAAGCAGUCAACAAUGCAGACAAGGCCAAGGAAAUUUCCUUUGAUGUGGAGCUGCCCAAGACGGCCUUCAUCACCAACUUCACCUUGACCAUUGAUGGUGUCACCUACCCUGGGAACGUCAAGGAGAAGGAGGUUGCUAAGAAACAGUAUGAAAAGGCCGUGUCCCAGGGCAAGACAGCUGGCUUGGUCAAGGCCUCCGGGAGGAAGCUGGAGAAAUUCACAGUCUCAGUCAAUGUGGCUGCAGGCAGCAAUGUCACCUUUGAGCUGACCUACGAGGAGCUGCUGAAGAGGCACCAGGGCAAAUACGAGAUGUUCCUUAAGGUCCAGCCCAAGCAGCUGAUCAAGCACUUUGAGAUCGAGGCACACAUCUUCGAGCCCCAGGGCAUCAGCACACUGGAUGCUGAGGCCUCAUUCAUCACCAAUGACCUCCUGGGCAGCGCCCUGACCAAGUCCUUCUCAGGAAAAAAGGGUCAUGUGUCCUUCAAGCCCAGCUUAGACCAACAGCGCUCAUGCCCAACCUGUUCGGAUUCCCUCCUCAACGGGGACUUCACCAUCACCUACGAUGUGAACAGAGAGUCUCCGGCCAAUGUGCAGGUUGUCAAUGGCUACUUUGUGCAUUUCUUUGCACCUCAAGGUCUCCCAGUGGUGCCUAAGAAUGUGGUCUUUGUGAUUGACGUCAGCGGCUCCAUGGCGGGUCGGAAAAUACAACAGACAAGGGAUGCCCUUCUCAAAAUCUUGGAUGAUGUGAAGGAGACUGACCACCUGAAUUUCAUCCUGUUCAGUGGAGGUGUGACCACGUGGAAAGACCAAUUAGUCCAAGCCACUCCAGAGAACCUCCAAGAGGCCAGGACCUUCGUAAAAAACAUUAGAGAUGAUGGAAUGACCAACCUCAACGAUGGGCUGCUGAGAGGCAUCCAUAUGCUGAACAAGGCCCGGGAGGAAAACCUAGUCCCUGAGAGGAGCACCUCCAUCGUCAUCAUGUUGACAGACGGGGAUGCCAAUGCUGGUGAGAGCAAUCCUGAAAGGAUCCAGGAGAACGUGCGCAAUGCCAUCAAGGGCAAGUUCCCCCUGUAUAACCUGGGCUUUGGCAACAAUCUGAAUUUUAAUUUCCUGGAGACCAUGGGCCUGGAGAACCACGGGUUUGCCCGACGCAUUUAUGAAGACUCUGAUGCUGACCUGCAGUUGCAGGGCUUCUACGAUGAGGUGGCUAACCCGCUGCUGACAGACGUAGAGAUGGAGUACCCCCAGAAUGCAAUCCUGGACCUCACCCAGAACAGCUAUCAGCACUUCUAUGAUGGCUCUGAGAUAGUGGUGGCCGGGCGCUUGGCSGACGAGAACAUAAACAGCUUCAAGGCAGAUGUGAAGGGCCAAGGGGCUUUCAACGACCUGACCUUCACAGAGGAGGUGGAUGUGAAGGAGAUGGAGGAGGCCCUGAAGGAACAAGACUAUAUUUUUGGGAACUACCUUGAGCGGCUCUGGGCCUACCUCACCAUUGAGCAGCUACUGGAGAAAAGAAAGAACGCCCAAGGGGAGGAGAAGGAGAACCUCACAGCCCAGGCCCUGGACCUAUCCCUCAAGUAUCACUUUGUGACUCCACUGACCUCCAUGGUGGUGACCAAGCCUGAGGACAAUGAGGACCAGACAGCCAUCGCUGACAAGCCCGGGGAAGAAGCCAUAUCUGCGAUCCCCUCCAGGGCGUACUUCAUUGGCUCCCAGCCUCCUCAAAACCCCUACUACUAUGUCGAUGGAGACCCUCACUUCAUCAUCCAAGUCCCAGAAAAGAAUGACGCCCUCUGCUUCAACAUUGAUGAAGACCCGGGCACGGUGCUGCGCCUCAUCCAGGACCCAGUCACAGGCCUCACUGUUAAUGGGCAGAUCAUUGGCGACAAGAGAGACAGCACAGCCACCAACAACAGAAAGACUUUCUUUGGGAAACUGGGCAUUACCAACACUCAGAUGGACUUCCGGAUGGAGGUGACGACAGAGAAGAUCACUCUGUGGAAUGGGGAUGAGCCAAGCACUUUCAGCUGGCUAGACACAGCCACCGUCACACAGGAUGGGAUAUCCGUGACAAUCAACAGGAAGAAGAACAUGGUGAUCUCCUUUGGUGACGGGGUCACAUUUGUGGUUGUCCUGCACCAGGUGUGGAAGAAAUUUCCAGGUCACUACGACUUUCUAGGCUUCUACGUGGUGGACAGUCACCGGAUGUCAGCACAGACUCAUGGGCUACUAGGACAAUUCUUCCACCCCUUUGACUUUAAAGUGUCUGACAUCCACCCAGGCUCCGAUCCCACAAAGCCAGAUGCCACAAUGGUGGUGAAGAACCAUCGGUUGACUGUCACAAGGGGCUCCCAGAAAGACUACAGAAAGGACGCCAGUGUUGGCAUGAAGGUCGCAUGCUGGUUUGUCCACAACAAUGGGGAAGGGCUGAUUGAUGGCAUCCACACUGACUAUAUCGUCCCCAACCUGUUCUGAGGAAACAUGGCAACGCUUAUCGAGAUUUUUCUUUGGUAUAAAGGUGUAGAAUGGGUCCUGUAGAAGGGCCUGGAACAAUAAAAUGCAACAUGGAAAUCAUA